GAGUGAGCAGCCGGUGCCCGGCCGCCUCCGGGGCCCCGCCCGCCUCCCCGCGGGGCACGAGGGGGCGCGGCCGGAGAGUGGGGCUCUGGCGCUUCGGGCCGAGGGAGGUCGGGGCCAUGGCGCCCGCGGCCUCGCUGGCCACGGCGCACGGGCACAACAUCUUCGACGCCCAGCUUGCCAGGUGCCAGCGAAAGGUGAUAUCGUGUGGGGCUGACGGCUUCGUCUGCCUCACCGAGGUGGAGUCGACCUCGCAGUCCAGCCAACUGCUGUUCCAGCCCGAACCCUUCAUGGGCUGCUACCAGGCGUUCAAGGUGGGGUUUGCGAGCCGCGACGGACCAGACGUCUUCUUCACCGCCUUUGGCGACGGCCGAGCCCGGCGGUUCGACCUCCGGGAGCCCGGCCACCGCGUCGCCAUCGACGCGCGCGGCGUGGGGCUGACCUGCCUCGAGGUGUCGCCGAGGAGCGACUGGCUGCUGGCCGUCGGCGGGAACGACCCGUUCCUGAGGCUCUACGACCUCCGGGCCCUGCCGAGCGGGCGCGAGGCCGCGCCCCCGCCCAUGCGAG